GUUCAGCUGUACUGAUAUCAAUUGUGUACAUCAUGUACAAAUACCAGACGCAACCAAUCACUGCCGCGAAUGUUUGCACGCAAGACCCACUAGUCCAUCAAAAGUCGCCGAAUCUCCAGGGCUCAUUUUCAGCGGAACGGCGUUCGGCGGUCCACGAACAGAGCUUUCAACCCAUGGUAAUUCCUCGAGAGAGAAACGCGUCUUUUGAUUAUAAGGCCGCUAUGCAGGCGCUUAACGAGGCCAAGGUUAGUCAUGAUGACCCGCGAUUGAUUCGGCUGAUUCGGGAUUACUACAUUGAGCCUCCGUCUCUGGAGCCAUACAAUCUUACUAAGCCGGAAAGGCUUGACCCUUCAAGCGGACAGGCGCCUUUCAUCGACAGCAGGCUCAAUUUUAUGGAGGGAGGUUUCUACGUUGAAUGUGGAGCUUUAGAUGGCGAGGAAAGCUCAAACACUCUGUUCUUCGAAAAGGUCCGCAAAUGGAACGGACUGUUGAUUGAGGCCGAUCCAUCAAACUACCAGGAUAUGAAGUCCAAACAUCGAAAAGCUUUCACUAUCAAUGCCUGCCUGUGUAUUCAACCCUACCCGACCAUGGCGAAGUUCCAGAAAGCGUUAAACAUGGGCCGCAUUGUAGACAACAGCGAAGCGAAAGCGUGGGUCGUUGCAAAUAGGAUGAAGCCGGACGAAGUAUCCGUCCAGUGCUUCCCAUUGUACUCAUUGUUGCUAGCGAUGAACCAGCUCGAGGUGGAUUUCUUCAGCCUCGAUGUCGAGGGGGACGAACUUCGCGUUUUGCAGACAAUCCCUUUCGAUAAGGUUGACAUAAAAAUGAUGACGAUCGAAUACAUACAUACAGUGGGAAAAGAAAGAGGUCUUAAAAAUUUCGUGGAACCAAAGGGCUACGAUAGCAUUCUGCAGAUGUCGCGAUGGGAUUGGGGUGUUAAUGACAUCAUUGUUAGAAAGAAGGGCCUUAAGCAUUGGCCUUAAAGGUUGGGGUGUUAUGGGGA